AUGUGCGUGUGUGUCGAGAGGUACGCCACUCUCUUUCUCUCUCUCCAGUUUAAGAGCGUUACUACUUCAGCCAACAUCCCGAAGCGGGCCACUCUUUACUCCACUCCACUCCACCCCUCCUGUUCCCUCUCCUCUCCUCCGCACCAAACGCAUGGAGUCCAGCAGUUUGACAAGAAGGCAGAGAGGAAGACAGCCUCUGAAAAGAAAGAUAAAUGGUGGGAGGGAAGUCGACUGUUGGCUUCCUGGACUGAGCUGCAUGUGCUGACUGAGAACUGGAGUCACAAUAAGAGGCAAUUCCCUUUUUCCUGUCUGUCUGUGUGUCUGUGUGUGUUUUCUGUCUCGCCUAGCGCUGAACAGCAGGAGCAGGGAUUGAGGGAAACUUCUGAUGCAGCUGUGAAGAAGAGGACCAGCCAAAAGGAGAAGAAAGUGGUACAGCAGAGACAGGAGUUGUAGGAGUUGGGCUGAGAAGAUAGAUGGGAGACCAAGUCAGAGUCUUGAUGGACAACUGAAGGAAAGGGAGGAAAGAAAAGAGGAGAACCAAAGGACAGAAUCACUUCGGCCACCUCACUGCUGCCCAGGUGGGGCAACCUCCUUCUUCCCCUCCCCUUCCCCCUCUCCUCCCCCCUGACAUGGGCCGCCUGCUGGCCCUGACCCUCGCCUACCUGGCCUACCUGUCGGCCAACACAGUAAUCGCCUCAGAGCGCCAGCAGCACCGCGUGCAGCACGGCCUUUGCAGCUACACCUUCAUCCUCCCUGAGGUGGAGCACUGCCAUCCUUUGCAGGACUUUCAGGUUACUCAUACCCUCCAGAGGGACUCCCCUCCAGAGACUGACCAAAAUACAAGCCAAUCGAAGCCGGGAAAGGCCCAGAAGGAGAGGCCUUCCUGGCAGGAGAGGAAGUUGGAAAGCCUGGAGAAUGCCAUGGAGAACAACACUCAGUGGCUGCAGAAGGUAAGGGCUCGAAAUAGAAACCAAACAACUCUUUUCCUCAAUUUUUCCUUUUUGUCACACAGUUUUUAUUUUGUCCCUUUUCACCUCCUAUUCAGGCCUCUUAAAAAAGCUGAAAAAAGUUGGCUUUAAAAUACAAAGGAUGUCCAUGAAGUAGUAACAUCUGUUUAUUAGCAGUCAUUAUUGAUAAGUUCAGUGCUUAGCUGGGAUUUCCUGGAUACUUGUUGUAUGCAUAACUGGCUCCAUGACUACGCCUGGUGUAUGACCGUAUGUGUCUGUAUUUAAGACCGUUGGGAUGCCAAAAACUCCCUAUUGCAUGCAAGAGGAGGAAGGCAAGAUGAAAUAAGUUUGCUUAUAUCAAGCAGUGCCAAACAUGUCUCACACUGUUAAACCUGCUAAAUUAAUACUCUCACCCCCACAGGCUACAACACACAGAAACUUCACUCUUGACUCAUGUUUAAGCCCAUUUAAAACACUCUCCGGAUCAACAUUAGCUUGCAUACAAAUAAAUCAUGUUUUGCUUGGCGGGAAAAAAAUUGUUUAUCUGCCGUAGACACAUUUCAGCAUCUCUGAGCCGAUGGCCUGUGCGGUUCCAUUUAGCCAGGAUUAUGACUCAAAUGACUUGAUGUGAUUAAAAAGUGGCCUCACAAUGAUGUUUUCCUUACUAAGGUCAUCAGGCUACAGGAUCUGUGUUGUGCCAUUGUCUGGGACAGACUGACUGACAUGCCAGCCCUCUCCACCCGUCUCCCUAUUCUUGUCUGCUUCACUCAGAAUAUUUAUGGUAUACACUAAUCCUCAGGCUGAUUAUGAGGGCUUCUGAGGAGUGUUUAGCUUGGCCGACGGAAAGCAAACAUGUUGAUUAUAUUUCAGGAUUUGAAAAUAGACCAUUAUAAAUGCCAAAUCUCUUCCUGCGCUCCUGUCACUUCCUUCUUUCGCUUUCACUCACCACAAAAUUGUCUGCGCUUCCUCUCCUCUCUCUCUCCCUCCUUCUUGCCUGCCUUUUCUUUUGACACCCUGUUCCUCUCUAUCCAUCUCCUCUCCCUCUAUACGGACUGUUCUGCUCCCCCGGGAUGAUGAAUGUGUCUCAUCUCACACCUUGACUUGUCAACCAUCAGAUCUCGAGCUCUUUGUCUAUCUUGCUCACGCUCUCUUGGAAACACACACACGCUUUCAAACCCCCUGUGCGCACUCUUUCUGAUGCUCAGUCUAUGAACUGGAGACCCCCGCUUCCAUGGGAAGCAUCCCAUGAGGCCGCACUGUAUAUGUAUGUGUGCUUGACAGACAGAGCGUGGAAGAAACAGUGAAAGAGCGCACACACUUUCCACCACGUGUGCAGUAUAUAAUUCAUGCAUAUGGUUUUGCACAGUGCAUGCUAAGUUGUGGAAUAUAAGAAGCAUGACAUGUUGCUUGUAUGUUGAGUGUAUUCUGUUAGUCCUUUACACUCCCUCUGCUUUAGAGUUUGGAUAUAAGUGGCCAUGAAGGAGAUAAAUCCCCCCAUUUUCAGAAAAAAAACCCUCCACUGACACAUUUCUUGCUUCGUUGCCAAACUUCCUCCACAAAACGUCUGGAAUGAACACAACCUUUCAACAAGCUACCCCCUCAGGCUACAGUGGUGCAUAAAUGAUCGCACUGUAGGUGGGACUUCCACAUAAACAUAGCAAGACCCAGGAGAACAUUUUAAGAAGUCCAGGAAGGUAUGCUGACCCCUGACCCCAGAUGGCAAAGCCCUUUCAGCACCUUGCAAAAAUCAUUUAGUCGAUUUGCAUACGUUUGGGGAGAAACUGGUGCUGCGCGUUUGCGAGUGCUUGAGGCAAGUGUAUGUCGGCGUGUCUGUAAAACUUUAGACUAUCUCACUUCCAGCUCCCCUGGGAUGACUUGAAUCUUACCAUGAGCCUUCCACCCAAACCCCCCUGAAAGAAAACACACACCCCCACACAAAAAACAUAGGAACACACACUAAUCCAACAUGUUCCACCGAGGAAUCUUCAAGUAGGCGAGAGCAACAGGACUGUAUUAAUGUUCCAGAUUCUUUCUUUAGUGUUUCCAAGAAGGAACUCGUGUUUGUUUUCUUUUGUUCUAGCCCCCAAUGUAACCCCCCAUUUAGUUCCUCUUGCCUUCUGCUGCCUGGAGGGGUUGGCAGAAGGGAUGUGAGCGUGCUUUUGUUAGGACUUUUAAGAGCCUCUGCGGAUUAUGCUAAUACAGAAAUAUUGCAUUGAGAUCAAGGUGGCUAGGCAACCAUUGGUGACUGGAUUCUUGGCUGUGUUAUAUUUCAUUAAGGCAAUACUAAAGAAUGUCGCACACAUUUUUCAUAACAUCCAACUGGUAUCCAUUUUUUCUUUAGUAUCUAGAUAAUACAACCUUUUUUUUAAAUUUCAUGCUUAACAGUUAAAAAAAAGAAAAGCCUCCCCGAUGUUACUUGCUGUCAGGGAAAACUGCGCUUUAGCACAGAACUGUAGCCAUAUAAUCAUGUGAAUGCGCUGGUGUCAAAGAGAUAAAGCUUUUUCCCAAGUGACAACAUGCAGUGUGAAGACAUAAAGCAAAUGCAGUCGUGUCAAAACCUCUUGAAUUUCUUUGUUCACUUGAGGCUGGCUGCAAAAGCCAAGGAAUCCCCACUGGAAAAGACUGUAUUCCCACAGCAGCCAAUUUCAAGUGAUGUUACGCUCAGGGUGGGAAACUUAUUUUUAUGUAUUAUCAAGGUUUAUAACAGUAACAAUACAUACUCUCUACUUUUAUCAUGUAGGUAUAUGUGAAUAACCACAUAAUUAAAGCCUAACUGUGAGCUGUAGGAUUGUCAGUAUGUUGGCCAUUUGAAAAAUUAGCCUCAUGAAAGUGAAAUAAUUUGUAAAAAUGAUUGUCAUUGUUAUGAAAAUACACUCUGAAGGGGUCAGAUUAUCACUAUCAAUCGUAAACACUUAAUUCAGUCAUCAAAAUUAUAUAUGAUAUAAUAAAAGUAGAUUGAAGCAUUCAAAUUGACGAUGCUUUGACCAAUGACUUUGUGCUCUUUAAUUUGGGAUUUUUUUGAUUUAUGUUUAAAACUAUUAUAUCUUGUGUCUGUAACUGUGUUCAUUGUGCUCUCUUGGGUACUCUUGUAAAUGAAAUUACUGAUAUCAAUGAGGUUUCUCUGGUUAAAUUAUUGAUAAUUAAUGAUAGUAUAGUCAUUCAAACUUCAUAAAUGUUAGUAUCAUGAUGGCAAUGGAAGAAAAGUCAGUGUCUCACCAAAGUCAUCAUGACAAGUCUAUAAACACUGAUGUCUAAACUUAUACAGUGCUGAUCAGGUAUUUAACUCAGAUAAUGAGCACGGUCUAGACCUGCUCUUUUUUUUUGGAAAGCGUCUUGGGAUAAUGACCGUUGUGAUUUGGCGCUAUAUAUAAAUAGAACGUGAUUGAUUAAGAUAAGUGAAAGAUCUGACUUGCGAGCAGCCCUGGAUGAAAUGUCAUGUUUCAGGAACAGGAUCAGGUAUUAUCUAAGGAUCAUAAAUGAACCUAGUAACAACCUAUUUCAUCAAAAAGAAAGCUGCAAAUCUUUCACUGCAACCCCUUAAAAUAGGAAACUGAUUGAAACCAUUUCAACAAAAACACCUCUUUCUGGAAACAGUGUCCUGGUUUCUCUGGACAUUCAGAGGAACAUGCUGUCAGCAAUUUUCUUUGGGACUAUUUCUUCAUUACAAAAUAGUUCUGAUGCAAAUUGUUCACAAUGGGAUGUGUAAAUUACUCAGAGGAAGCUGCAGAUUGUCUCAAAUACUGUUGGGACCUUAUAGAUAAGAUUUUAUUCUUGAGCAUGACUCGGUUUUGAGGCAGAGAUUUAGAUAAUAGCAAAGCUUUAUGCACUGUGAGACAGUUUUGGGAGUAAAUGGGGAUAUGUGUCUGUUUAAUUUUGAUAACACAACCUGUAAUUAUUCAGGAAUGUAUUUUCUCCAGUGAGAAGUGGAUUAACCUUAUGCUCUAACACAUGGAUCAGGUCAAUUCUUCAUGGGAACAUAAUAAUUCCUUCCUAACAAUUAUCCUUAUUUGCCUCAGUCCAUUAUUAUCACUUGCCAGACCCCCCUCCCUCUCCUCUGUAAUUGUAACCAAGAACAAAUGUGUCCAUUGGCUCAAUAAUUAAGAUAUCAAAUGAUACAAGUGCAGUGAUUUUCUCAUCACUCAUCUCGACUCUUUUACUCUUACACACAAACAAAACAGAGUAACACCACAUCCCAAAUGUGAUUUAAUGAGGCGUUUGACAUUAAUGUAAUUGACAGUCAGAGAUGGAGUGUAUGAAGACCUUAGGAUUGAGUUGUAUCACUGAGGGAACUCUUUGGUCAGGGGGCUGAUAAAGGAGUCAAUACAUGUGGCUGAUGAGGAUGCAGGGAUCUUUGGUGUUUCCUCUGGAGAUGCAGGCUUUAAUCCGCCCGGUAAUCUCUUUUUAACCUCGGUUAUGGAUUGAUUUUUUUCUGCUGUCUCAGAAGUCAUCAAGCUGCAGAAUGUGAGAAAUAAGCAAGAGGGUGGGGGAGAGUUUGAGCGAAAGGGCAAGUUGAUUCAAGAGAUCCAGAGAAAAUGAGAGAGAUUGAGAGCAGGAAAACAAUUAAAUCAGGGAUUUAUCUUCAUUAAGGGACUUUUUUUUCUGCAUUAAAAAAAAAUCAAACACUCUACCUUGUUGCCAUGGAUUAUCAUAAUCUCAUUCCUCUCUGAAAUCGACAUUCAACAUUGAAUGAGACAAACAGUUGUACUCUUAUUUAAAUUCUCUUCGAUUUUUCAGAAUAGCCGCUCAUUAGCUGGAUCAUUUUUUGCGCUUUCACCUCAAGAGACCCUAUUUUCCAUUCUUUGAAUUUAACAAGCAAUGUCCAAUCUCUCCCUAGAAAAGUCAUAAAUAUUAUUGUUCGAUAAUCCACUUUGCUCUAUUGCGAGGCACAGGCCAUUGCCUCUUAAACGUCAAAUAAAAUCCCAUCUCUACAGCAGGGAGAGGCUGAAUUUGUCUUCCACAUGCCGUUUGCUCAAACUGAGCACAUUAAUAAGAAAAUCUAUUUAUUGGAACAAGAUGGAUGCUGUUCUAUUUUUACCCCUGCUGCAACAUAUGAUGGGUUUUUGCCAGUGCUGCUUCUUCCAAGCUUAUGAUUGAUUACCAAGAGUAGGCGACCGUCCCUGAAGUCCUGCACACUGAUUUCAUGAUUCCAGCCUCUUGGUCACUGAUCUUUUUGAAAUUCCUCUGGAACUCUCAAAGAGUGCAUAAUUUUAUUAAUGUAAGGUUCGUUAUUGGCCUGAGGUAGAUCUGCAGAUUGAUGGCUGGAUGAAUGGGUGGCGAGACACUGCAAGGGCCCCAGGGUUCCUCGAUUUCAUGACUCUAUCACUGUACAUCUAAAAAACUGGAGUGAGGAAGACAGAUUUCCUGAGGUGACUACUUUCACUCAUGCACAAAGUAUCACAGGGUAUUUCAUACCUUCAAGCUGCCACUGAGUGUUCAGGGACAUUACCCUCAAAAUAGAAUAAUCACCCAAAUAAAACCUGGGGAUUCUGACAUUCUGGGAGGUAAUAAAAUCUGCAUAAUUCCCCUUACAGCUGGAGAACUUCAUCCAGGAAAAUGUGCGCUCUGGGAUGGAGGAAAUAAAGAGAACUGCGGUACAUACCCAGACAGCCGCCAUGCUAGAAAUGGGAACCAACCUCCUCAGCCAAUCAGCCGAGCAGACUCGCAAACUGACAGACGUUGAAACCCAGGUGAGCCUACCAGGAAGCGUCUGAGCAAACCUCAGAUAACUUAUUAGAAGCCAAUCCAAAUGAACAACUGUCAGCAUCCCACCCGUGCAAAAACAAACGAUGUCACUUUUGAUUCACUUGGCGUGGAGCUAAUUAAAUGUGAAUCAGAUGUAACUCGCUGAGAAGCCGUGCCCAAAGGUGGCGGCGACUGCUUCAAACAGCUGCGAUUUGGUUCUACAGGCUGUGAUUGACACAAAGAGUUGAGCUCUGUGUCUGACAACACGCCAAUUAAAACACAAAAACUCAGUAGCACAACACAGAUGUGUCUUCAAUCAUGCCACAGAGCUGUUAUUACAGAUUGUGCUGUUUGGGUCCUCGUGUUUUCUUUUGGUUUUGUCAAAGCUAAUACAAAACCACAACCUGUACAAAUAUCAGAGCUGCUUUGUUCAUUUUUUUUACGACAUCUGAAGCUUCAAAAACAUGUCGCAGGUGCUUAUGAGAUAAUUACCGCUCUUGUUUUCGCUGUACGAUCAAAGAAUUGACACUAUGAGUCAUGUGAUGUGCUGUCUUACAUCCUUGUCAAUGAAAUCAUUACAUCAAAACCAAUCACCACCUCUUACUGACCCCUCAGUCUGUACAUGCUCUAAUACAGUUACUCUGCCUUUUUUUUUUUCAAAAUAGGUGUUAAAUCAAACAAGCCGCCUGGAGAUCCAGCUGCUUGAGUACUCGCUCUUCACUAACCGGCUAGAGAAACAUAUUCUCCUCCAGACUCAGGAAAUCUCACGGCUCAGUGAUAAAAACAGGUGAGCACACACACUCUCAAAAACAGCAUGAAGGCAGAUUUAUUUAAAAGAGUUUGAGAUUCACCACAGUGGCAGGGGUGUGUCUAAGAUUUUUUGACUUUGGUGACCCAAAAGGGGGUACGGACCUAGGCGUGUUUAUAGGUACUACAGCUGGGUCUAGAUAGGCUGCUUAUGCUGCAAGAAGAUUUAUUUUAAUUGAUUUUUGUGCUGCUGUAAACUGGCAAUAGCAGGCCCUCUGAAAUUAAGGUUAAGAGUGCUUGAAAGAGUCAAUUAAAUGACCUGUACAGAAGGUGAGACCAUUUAAAUGUCUAAGAAAAGAGAAUCCAAAGAAACAUGCUGAUAACCCACUGAAAUACAACCCAUUUAGGUAUUUCUGCUUGUAAUUCCACCUCCUGAAGUGGUAAUUGUAGUAUAGUUAGGGCCUGUGCCAUGUUGGCUAUUUUUCUAGAAAUGCUAAGAUGGAGAAACACUUAUGUGUUGAGCUGAAUAAUAGCGUUAAGACAAAGUGACUUUCUGAAAGCAAAGUUGUAAAUUAAAUAAAAUAAUCAUGUACAUUUACACCAGCGUUAAUUAGCCUCCUCUCUUAAAGGCAUCAAAUUAAGUUAGGGUCAAACACACCGUAACACCGAGCUAAACACCCCGUCUAGAGAUGAACAUUGCUGACUGCUUCUGUAGUUAUACAAACUUUAGUAACAACUGCAGAUAGCAAUACACAGUGAACCCAGGAGCCAACCACUCAACCAAAAAGCCACUCUACAGCCACAAAUAAUGCUCAGAACAGCACCUAACAGCACCAGAACAGCAUCAUUACUUCAUGGAAAUGCAAUCAGACCGAGACACUGAUGCAGAAGAACUACUGUGUCUGCAGUGCAAAAUGAUUAAUAUGAUGAUUAUUACUUCAAGGAAAUGAUAAAGUAAUGAUCAUAAACAUUCUUCCUUGAGCUGUGUCACCCUGCUGCGGUAAUGGACUCGCCUGAGAUCUCCAUACAAACAAGGAGGAGAGUAGGUGAGUUCUGUUUAGCCUCUUUGCUAAAGAAAUUAGGCAAAGGAAAAAAGAUGUUUGGUGGCUAGUACUAUGGCUGGGACCCUAUAUGUACUGUUGAUGAAGUUAGGUGCUGUUCUGUGGCUAUCGAGUGGCUUUUUGGUUGAAUGUGUGGUUCCUGGGACCGCUGUGUAUUGCUAUCCUGAGCUCGUAACUACAGUUGGUAGAGAAGCAAGCGGUCAGCAACAUUAAUCUCUUGACGGGGUGUCUAACUCGGUGUUACAGCGUGUUUGACCCUGACUUAAUUUUACGCUGGAAUAUCCCUUUAACACCAACGCAUAUCCCUCCCUGUGGGAUUUAGCUUUGGCAAAAGUAAACAAAGCAUGUUAAGGCACUGUGCUGUUAUCAGCUAGAGUGACACCCACCCCAAAAUAGCAGUGUCAGUCAUAAAAAAUGAUACUUGAAAUACUGAAAUUUCAUCCUGAUGGUUUUGUUUGCUUUCACGGGUCAUUAAGAGAUAUCAGUUUCAAAUUAAUGCAGUUUCACAAACUAGCUAAAAACUUUUCACAGAAGCUUUUAAAUCAGCAGAAUCACAUGGUAGAGUUGACAACAUCCACAACAGUUGAUAACCUAGCUCUUGUUCUUGGCCCAGUUUUUCAACAAAAGGGACCAGGCUGAUCAGGAUCCCAUGUGGGUUAAUUAAACAAAACUGAACUCUUCCUUCAACUGUACAUCAGCACUUCUUUAAAAAUCCAUCAAGUUAGUUUAAAUGAAAAUAAUGUAGCUUUUUUCUCUUUUAUUUUGACCUUCUAAAGGUAAUUUUUUUACUAUCGACAUAAUGUUCCAGUUUUUUUGACACAUAUUUUUUUGGGGGGGAGUUUAUUACCUUCUUUUCUUGCUUUAUCCUGCCACGAUCUAAAUAAACUGAUGAAAAUACCACAGAAAGUAUAAUGCGACUCUUCCUGUGCACAAGAGACCACUUCUUCAGGAAAAUGCUUCUUAACUUUGGGUGGAAAGUAUGAUCUACUGCAUGAGUACUUGUCCCUUUUAUCCAGCAGGUCUGUAAAACAUAACACUUACUCACAACAUAAUGCAUAUUGUGUUAGCAUGAGUGUGCCUGUGACUAGGCAGCGUGUUUAGGGAGGAGUUUCCCAUUCUUCUCUCUGGGAACAUGAGGUCAUUUUAAGGCCAGUGAGGGUCAAGAUCAGGGUGCUGGCUGGUGUGAAAGAGAAUGGGUGUUAUCUCUCUUAAUUGUUUAGUACUCCAUUCAUCACUUGGUGAGUGUGACCAGGAGAGCAGGGUGCCCCAGCCCCAACACCUGUUACACAUCUGGCUCUGCUUGGUCAGGCUCUGGCCUUUGACCCUCGUCCUUCAAGUCUGUGACACGGCUCUGACGUGUAAAUAAAUGGGUACAUCUUCAGAAGGGUAAACACCGUGAUGGGAUGCAUGAGAUGAGAAAGGUCACAGUAGAUUUGCAGCCAGGCAGCUGUGAAAUAAAAGGAGGAAAAAAGGGGGCUGCAGUGGUUGGGGUGAGCUUCGGCCGCUGAUGCUUGAGGGCAUGAAUGAGUUUUUUGAACUGCUGCCAACGAAAAAGAGCAGAGAGACGUGUUUGUUUUCACAGGCACCACAUGAAAAAUAGAAUUGGUUGGACAGUGGCUUUGAACAGACUUGCAGGAAUAUAUUUUACAAUAAUGAUAAAUAGCACGAGAUCAUAAGCAUAACAGUAUAAUUGCCCAGAAUGUAGUGUGAUCCAAACUGCCCUGUUUGCUCUGUCAAAACCCUUUACUGUUCAAACAUUUCUGUGCUAGUUAACAGCCUCUCUCCACACUUUGUUCCUCUCCGUAAAAUACACAUAAUGGAGAACAAUUUGUCAGCAUGCUUUGCCACUUUUGUUUUGAGUGUUCUCCCACAAAACAGAUAUGAAAUGUAGGUAAUGUUGCAAUAAAUUGGAGUGAUUCAGCUUUCCCUCCAGGUCUCCUACGGAGCUGCAGCCUGAAGUGGGAGAUUGAGGAUACGUGUUCAAAGCAGCGGCUGCAUGUGCAUGAGGCUGAAAAGUAGCUUGUUCAAUCUGGGCGGCUUGAUUGUUUCAAUAAAUAACUGCUGCAGAGUCGUUAGUCAAAGCCAUAAAGAUCAGGCUGCAGGGAUUUAUGAUCUUCAUUCGGAGGCGGGGGUGUGGCACUGGUGCAGACACACACCAAAUACACACGCAUGCCCCGGCAAACACACAUACACAAGCUAAUGUUGUCAGAUUGUUGCCACGUGCCUGUGAUGGAGAGGCUAAGCAUGCAGGCCCAUCUGUGAAUGCUGCUGCUGUACAGGUGUUUAUAUAAUGUUUGCCAAAUGAGACAGACUCGCUGAUGUCUAUUAUUUAAUGUCAUGCAAAUGAGCGAGUUUGUCCAACCUCUGCUAUGAGUGAUAAAUCCUGAAUGGAUGGAAUAUCCACCUGCACCUGACACUGAUACUGAUGCCUCUUUAUGUUGUUCAAAAACAAGUAAGACCAACAGCAACAAGACAGAUAUUUCUUUGUUGCAACUGUUGAUGCAUGAAAGUACUGUAAGGGAGUACACCUGAAGAAAAAUCUUCACAGUUAGUGAUCAUUUUUUACUGUUUAAAAGUAAUAGGAUGAGGUUUUGGUCUAAAAAAAUACUAUUUUCACAUGAAGGACAAGAGAUAAGAGGUUUAACUUUGUGGACAAGGGGUGCCAGGAGAAAUACAAACCAAAAGUUCCUCUCUGCACCUUAAACUUUGAUAACAGUCUUUAGUUAAAUGUCUUAGUUUUUGCAAAUGUCUGUCAUAUUUCACGUUAAAUCUUUGUACAUAAAAAGCAAAGUCAACCAGUCUAUUUUGUGUGUAACAUACUGACUUUCUGACUCUAAUCUGUGCUGUUAUGUAAAUCUGUUCAAAUCUAACAAAAAAUAACGUUGAUGUUAAUGCUUACAUCUGUUGAAAAUCUAAUGGUUUUACCAAAAAUAUUUUAUCCUUAUCCUAGGGUCACCAUACUCUGAGUCCAUAAAAAGAGAACACUACUCUGUGAGUCCUAAAGUCACGCUCAGUUAAUUUUGAGAGGUUUUUUUGGGUCCGGUCGAGUGUUUUUACUCACUUCUAACUCAGUUAGUCCAUGUGACACAAACUCAAAACUUCCAUACAAAACCCCAGACAUUUUAAGGAUUUUAUACAAUCCCCCAGACAAGGCCUGACAUGGCAUACGGUCACCCUACUUUAUACCCAUAAAGAGCCACAGAUGGCUAUGUGAUCUUGCUUAAGUUGUCCGCACACUAUCCUAAAAGCAAAAGCAAAAGCAGAGUUUGGAUCACUCUCAUUUUUCAGAAAAACAACCUGGUGUCCAAAACACUGGAGGUCAGGAUUUUUUGAUCGGCCUGAUGAUCAGAUUAUUUUGCUCUGCAAGAACCAGCUCACACAUAAGAGCCAGCUUUUGAGGCAGCUACUCAAACCACUCACACAUCACUCGGCUGCCAAGCUCAGCAUGACGUCUGCUGCCACAGUGAAACCAGGACAUGGGAAAAUGCUACAAAUGUUUAUAUUUACUAUCUUCUACAGGCAUAUUAUAUCUCAAAUUAUUAUAAAGUGUAUUGUGAAGAUGUUUUGGGUGAUUCAAUCCAGAACAUGACGCAAUGAUUGUUUUUGUUUUUUGUCUGUUGUAGUUUCCUGGAACAGAGGCUCUUGGCCCUAGAGGCUCGGUAUGGGAGGGAACUGCAGGGCUUGCAGAGUGAAAAGCUGCAGCUUCAAGAGCUUCUAGAGAGGCAGAGUCAGCUGGUCAGUCAGCUGCAGGGCGAGCUGGGCAGCUCCUUGCUCAACAGCACCCUGCUACAGAGGCAGCAGGCUGCGCUCACAGACACUGUCCAGCAGCUGCUGACUAUGGUCAGCCACUGCAACGGUAGGGUAGUUUACAGUUUACCUCACUGCUUUUUUGGACACAGUCACAAAAUAUUAAACACAAAGCUAAAAAAGUUACUGAUUAAGAGCUAUAUCAUAUUUUCAGCAUCAUUGCACAAAAUGAUAGAUUACAAUAUGUGAUUAUUAAAGUCCACAGAGAAAAAAAAUGAUUAAUAGAUUCAAUAAACACCAAAAAUCCAGCAUCACUGCAAAAUAAAGACCCACUGAAUUUCAAUUAAUGAGCUUGGGGAUUGUGGUUCAGCCUGAAAAAGUAUCAUUUUUCAUGACUCACCUCGAGCAGCUUGUAAUUCAAAUCUCAGAAACACCUCAUACAUGCAUGCCUCUCAGAAACUGCAAGCUUUAGCAGGAGCUUAACAUUACAAGAGAACUCACAUAUGGAGCUGGGAUUAGUGUGCAGAACCCAUGAGGUUGCCAUCUGUAAAUAAAUGUCUGCUUGAUUUCGCAGAAAUCUCCAAUACACCAAAAGGGGAGGUGCUUUCUUUCAGAGACUGUGCGGAGAUCCUGCGAUCUGGAGUGACGGAGAGUGGAAUAUACAGUAUACACCUUGCUAACUCCACACAGACUGUCAAGGUAAUGAGGCUUUGAAGGCCAUUGACCUUCUCCAGUAAAUAUCACUAAACUGACUGUGACAUGUUUUUGUUUUUUUGUUGUCUUUUCAACCAUUUUCCUUCUGUGUAAAGAACCUGCACCAAUUUUGGCAGAAGACCUCAAAAAUGUCCCUUUUUGGCUGUCUAGUUUCUGAUUGCAAUUUUUCUUCCAAUGAGUCCUCAGUCACAAAGAUAUAAAAGUUUAACACAAAGAGACACACACAGACCAAAAAGAAAGACCUAUACAUGUCCCCAUCUGACUUGCCAUUGCCCUCUUGGUGAAUGUGGAACAACACCAAAGCCCUUUGUUCGAUAGGUACACACAAGAUAACACAUCUACAUCCUCUUACACCAAGGGGACCAAUGAGAAAACUCACUGACAAAACAAAUUGGCCCCUUUUGGCUCCUGGUAGUGAGUACGCAAUGAUGCCAGAGAUACUUGUUAGAUAGGUAGACAAGUGUGGUUUUACACACACACACACACGCACGCACGCACGCACGCACGCACGCACGCAUGCACGCACGCACACACACACACACACUCUCUCUCUCUCUCACUUUUUGUGAAUAUGUAAGGAUGUUAGCAUCUCUUGUUAGAUAGGUAGACAAGUUACAAACACAAACCAAACACAGACCACACCAAAUACAAGUACUGGAGGUAAGAUCAUUAAGGGACUACAAAGUUGUCCUUUAAUUUGCCUGCUGGCCCCAGAUGUCGAACAUGCAAGAAUGCCAAAGUCCCUUGUUUAAUAGGUAGACAAAAACAGUUUCACACACACACCCUUUUACGAUGACAUUCAAGGGGCUUAUGAUUAUUACACUUUGUACUCUAGUCUGGAAGGACAAAUAUGUGAUUAAAUGGAAAUUUGCAGUUUCUUUUUCUGUCUUUUUCUUAGUGGAGAUGUGUAAGUGCAUCCCUGGGUUACUAAGGGCUCGAAUAAUAAAUAGCUACACAAGCAUUUUAGCACACAGGCUUUAUCGUGAAGAAGUGGGCCUCGCUUAAUGCAAACCCAGAAAAGCUCAGGAGGUAGUUAUUGUGACCUGAAGUUGCUAGCACCUGCUAAGUGAACCAUGGUAUUCACCAGCAGGCUAUCCUUUCUUCGAAUCACAGCGAGGAUUCUUGGCUGGGCACUUGACUUUCAGAGUGUACAUGAAAAGGCCGACAACUGCGAAAUAGUUUUUCAUGUUAUUCAUUACUUUCAGUCAGGUUUGCUUGUUGGCACCAGCUCCUGCUGCCUCUGUUUUUCCCUGCUCUUCCUCCUCAUUUCCUGUGUGCAAGUCAGCCAGGUGCUGGGCGCUGGUGCCAUGUGUUUCCUGCCAACUGGGGCCAAUGUACUUUCGCGCUGAUGCGAGUUAGUAUUCCCCAAAUCAUUGCUGCUUUCAAUCUGUGCCAUCAAAAUUCCAAGGUGGCUGGCAUUCUGGGUGGCUGCAUAAAAGUGGGGCAGAUACAAAUUGCCCUAUUUUCCAGGCAGAGAGUGGGAUUCCUCGAUUGGAAAGGAGACAAAAAGCUUUACAUGUGGAAUACAGAUAUGAAUACAUAGACAUAUCCCUAUGGCCAACUUUUGAUCUCAUAGACUCUAAAUAAAUAUGAUGUUUAUGCAUCAAAUAAUUAAUGGUUUGGAUCAGAUUCUUUUUUGAAUUUUCAUACAUUUUUGCAUACUUCUGAGAGCGAUAUGGGCCAUGAAAUCAAACACAAUAUUCUUUCCUUUUGAGCGCAUGUAAUGAGUUGAUUAUUGUUGCCCUUUUCCAAGUAUUUGCUGGAUUUCUGCAUGAUGUUGUUAUGGAUCUCGCCCCAGCUGACUUUUCUUUCUUACUUAUUCAGAUGAUAGGGAAUAAUGAGUUAAGUGGGAGCUCUAAACAUCGCCCUGGGUCAUACUUAAAGACCUUGUUUUUGUGAUCUGUGUGCCAGAGCUCCGGCAUAAUGUGUUGUACGAUAAUCACAGCUGAUCUUGCAUGCCUUUUGACCUUCUUCUCAAACCGUCUUUUCAUUUCGAGCAGAAGAGAGUCUGUUGGGAAAAGAGAGAUCUAUUGGGAUGCUGUCCACAGAUCAGGAUCUUUACUGCCAGCCUCAGGAGACAGGUCAGGGCAGUUGUUUUGUGGACAGCGUUCAAGCAACUGACUGCAAAAAAAUCCAUUUGGGCUUAUCGGUAAUUAUCCCAAUUGUGGGUUUUGGAGAAUGUUAUCAAGUCUGAAAUGUCACUGACAAUAUCUAUAAUCUGAGGUGACAGCAUUGCACUGAAAUAUAGUGCCUGAGAGAAAUAUAGAAAUACAACCCUUUAGACUUGAGGUACGCAGGCUGAAUAAACCUGUUCCUUCAAGGAUCUCUCUUAGAAAAAGCACCCUGUCUUACAAACAGUAGAGACACAAAUACUGAUGUCAUCACGUUCUCAAGAGAAGCUCGGGUUAAACACCUUAAAUAUCCAUGACAAAUCCCUCAACGGGUCUAAAUUUCAAAUUCUGUCACUAGAUGGAUGAGUGUACUUUGUUGCUGCCUGUUCAUUCAAACAUAUCUACAUUAAACAAAACAUGGAGCCAAGUCAAGAGAAAAAAUACAGAUGCCUCCACCUCAAUCCCCAACCCACAGGGACAAGAGAACAAACUGGUGUGUCAGUUUAUUUCCCCACCCAGGCCCAGACAUAUCACUGCAUGACCGAUGAAAUGUUGGUCACCCUCCGCCCCCCACCUCUCCAUGCUUCCCAGUCAUCCAUCAAAUAAUGGAAAGAUUAGUGUAACCAACAUCAUUUCUGCCAAUUGUAUUUUUCACACAACUGAGUUCGUGUCAUCUUAGUUUAUUGUCUUAGAGCUCAAGAGUGAUCAAUCUUUGGUCUCAACAGGCUGAGGAAUAUGGAAAUUUUCAAACAAUGUUUAUUACCUGGCUGUUUUCAAAAAUGUGAUACUGAUUAGUCGAAUCCUGAUGGCAUUGGUAAUCCAUUCUCAACAGCAAAGCCAUCAACACAUGCCAUAUAAAAUCAAUUUGUGAGGAGUGUGGCAUAAUUUAAAUCUACCUGUCCUGCAAUCCAGGCACCAGCAGCAGAGCGUGUGAGUGCAUUUAUAAGUUUGUGAAAAGGAAACAUGGCAAAGUUAACAAAACUAUGAGUUCAGAUUUUGUUAAAAAUUGAGACAUUAGUCUCAUCUCAAGGUGUGUCAACUUCAAAACUCUGAGAGAGAGAGCUAAAUGAGGACAAAAAAAUCUUCACAAAUACACCUGAGGGAGUCCUGCAUACCAUAUCUGAUGUUACCUGCUACCUGAAUUGAAUUGAAUUGAAUUUCAAUUAAUUUUCCUUUUAACUUGUCCACAAAUUCAAAACAUUCAGUUCAAUGUCAGGCACAAUAAGAGAUUUUAACCUCAUGAUUAUUGUGGCACUGAAAUAUCACAAUUGCAAUAUCAUUCCGAUAUUUAUGAAAAACAACAGUCAAACCGAGGAAAAGCGAGACAUCUAUUUCUUAUGACUGAAACGUCUUUGGAGAUGACAUUGUCUCAUUAGACACUGUGUCAUGAUUUUACUUUGAUAUGUUUCUGUCCCGCGUUACUUUAUAUCCUGAAUUGCCAAACUAUUCUAUUUUUCAUUGUUCAGCUUUCAACAGACCUGAAAUGUGGAGAAGGAGCAAAGGGUGAAAUGCAUCAAAUCAUGUCAGAUUGCAAAAUCAUCCUUCAACUCAGGAUUUUGUCCUCUUUGUUUUAACUUUUUUUUACGUCCUUGGUUUGUCAUCUGAUGGGGAUAAUGUUUUGUGAGCAGGUGGUCAUGCUUCAUUUGGGAUGACCUCCAUACAUUAUCUCAUACACAAUAUUUACACCUAUAUGGUGAUAUUACUGUAUACUGUUGCAGUUUAAAAAUCACUACACAAAAUGAACUUUAAUUCAGAGCAGCAGUAAUCUAAAGUAACACUGGAUAAUCUAGGGGACGAUUCCAGCAUCUUUAAGAUCACUGUUUUGGUUGCACCAUUGCAGCUUUUAAGUUUGCUUACAGCUUCCUCUCUGGUUUACAGCUGUAGAAAGCAAUUGAUCUAAGUGGAAAAAAAUGUUUUAUAACUGCUCUUCACUUCCUGCAACAAUGCUGGUGCAAAGUUAAUUCAACCUAUGACAUACGUAAGAGCCAGAAAAUUCCCUCAGUCUUGAUGACAAAACUGAUUCACACAACACUCCAAAGUAAAACUCUUUAACUGGUCAAUGUUUUGCGAUGUUUAAGGGCCAAUGCUUUAAGGUCAUUAAAAGUCAAUUCUGUUCUUAACAUUUGUUUAUCUGCCAGCAGGAAAUAAAAAGUUAAAUUCUUGUCGAUUAAAAGUGAAAAGUCAGAAACAUCUGAUCAACAACUAAGUAGAGAAGCAAAAGAAACUGACCAAGCAAUCAAUGUCAACUUUGAGUGUACAGAGUUUAAGAGCACAGGGACACUGUUCAUUGUUUUCAGAGGUAUUACUCUGUCAUGAAGUUGUAAAAACUUGGUGUAACAUGCUUGUAUUUCCACAGGUGUUUUGUGAUAUGAAGACAAAAGGUGGAGGGUGGACAGUACUGCAGCAUCGACGCAACGGCUCAGUUGACUUCCAUCGCAGAUGGAGGGACUACAAAGUGGUAAGUUCUGCAGAGAGUGCUGAUAAGAUGCAUGGUGGUCAUGUAGUAUUUUAGUAUACAAAUCAGUGCUGGGGGACUGAACAGGAGGUUCCAAUAACGAUCCAUGGGAGGUUUGGCACGUAGAGGCGUGGGAUACCGGCGAGCCUGUGAUCCCAAGUGACCUGUGGUUGUUGUAUUUGGCCGCCUUUAUGUUCUCUCCCACCCCCCAUGUUAUUGCACCUGCUGUUGCUCUCUCUCCCUGUGAUACUCCCACACACUCAUACACACACACUCUACCCAAACACACACGUCCUGCUCUGUAUUACCUCAUAAAAAAACCCUGUUUGAGGGAUCCCAGUAGCUUUCUUAGGUAGGAAAAUGAGAGAGCAACAGUAUUUUGAAAAACAAACAGGACGUGAUAAAAUAGCGCACAAGAGAGUAUGAAGUUUUUCCACAGACUCGAAUGUGUUUCAACACCUUUGGCUUUUUUUCUGUAUUGGACUUGCAUUAAAACGAGACUUUAUUUUCAACCUUAUUACAAAGUUUUCUAAAUGAAAAAAAAGUGAGUGUGUGCAGUUAAAAAACAGACAGAAGCAUAUGCCAGCAACCUUUUUCGACUGUGUUAAAUUACACACAAAACAAAUGAGUAAGGCUGGUUUGUGAUUGAGCGGAGUAGCAAUUUGUCUCCUGCCCACACCACCAAAUCAAUUGCCACAGCUAAGGUUGGAAACAAAAUGCACAGAAGACCGUGACUGCAAACAGAAAGAGUGAGGGGAAAAAAAGGACCUAAAAACCUCUUUUAAGAACAAUAUUUUCAUAAGUGGAUGAUAAAUAUUCAGUUCCUGUUGGACUGUUGGAAGCACGGAAGUCCUGUAGAUGGCAGAUCGCGCUCGUACAAGCGUUCAAAUCCACACUCAAUGUUUUGUGUUCAUUGUUGAUUUAAUGUUAUACCGUGACUUGGUGCUUGAGUGAUAAAUGCUCCAAGGCUCUCUCUUUAUAUUCACUCUAACUCCAGACCAAUAACAGGGUGGCUGACAGCUAGACAAAGUGACAUAGAAUUCAGAGGUAAACAAGCAGAAAAGACUUUUUUUUUUCUUUCCCCGAAACAAACAAAGGCUAAAGAAAAUCUGCACAUGUAGGGUUUUUAUUGUUCACACUUCUGCCUUGAAAAUGUAAUUACUUAACAUACACCCUCUUUUAUUUGCACAGCCUUGGCUUAUUCUUGGCCUUUGUUGAACAAAUUGCAUGUUUUUUUUAAUGUUUUGUUCCUGUUCUUCCAGCAUUUCAUUGAAUAUGACAUAUUUGUUGAUUUUUCUCCUAAGUUUCUGUCAAAGCUGUAAAGGCAGACAGUACGUAUUUUCCCAUAAAAAGGUGCCAUAUCUUUUGUGAAAUACUGUUUAUAUAACUGUGCCUUCUAUAUGUUUGAAAGUCUUUUGGCAUUGACCCUGGUCUUAUUUUAUUUUAUUUUUUCUUUAUGUACCUUUUUCUACAUAUUCUAUCUGCACAUCUCAUUUUUUGUCUUUAAGUCCCUGAAAGCUGUAAAAGUCCCCAUCAAAGGAUACCAAAAGAUAAUGUUUUCUACUUAAAGACCCACUCUUGUUUUCCUUUUACUUGUUUUUUUCUGAUGCUAGAGCAUUCAUGAUUUCCAAAUCCAAAGUCAAAUUUUAACAGUUCAGUUUGUUUCAGUUUAGUCAAACUCAAACCACGGGACACUUUCUUACUUCAUCUUGCCACAUCUUCAACUGCUUUUCAUUUAUGGGUGGCUCAAGAACUGUGUUAACAAACAAUGUUGAUUGGAAGUGAGAAUAAGCUCAUGCACGUACAUAUUUCCACUACGAAGUCAGAUGUGAUUUCCAUUCAUUGCAAACUUACUGCCUCAAAGAUCGUACCCAUUCAUUACUGGUUUUUGGCACCUUUUUUUCCAUUUGUUAUAUGAUGUUAUGUACUGUACAUGGUGAAUUCCCUCAGCCUCAGCUUCUCAGACUUCUUUAUACCCACUGUUUUUAUUAACUUGAUGCAAAUUAGCCUUAUUAGCUGGGAGGUGUUCCCCAGGUGUAUUUCUUCAGUAUAACACAAUGUUUUUUGUUUUUUUGUCCCUGCCCCACUUUCUUGAAACGUGUUGUUGGCUCUAAAUUAGCAGCUAGUUUUAACAGUGUUUUUCAUUGAACAAUCAAUCAUCUACCGCCUACUAGUAUCUCCAGGGAGUAAACAAUACAGUGACAUCCUCUUAGUAGGUUUAUAUAUAUAUAUAUAGUUCAUUUUUUUGCAAAGUUUAUUCUGCAUUCAUCAUCAUCGAGAGGUGUUUGGCAUUCCUAAUGACUAAAAUUCUGAUAAAAAUGUUUGUUAUUAUGAGGAUCCAGAGUUCUCAAAGUGGAAAAGCCCAUAGGCAGACAUAAAAACCUCGAUCAUUGGAAGACUAUUAGGCAAAAAUUAAAUUCUCAAUUGACCUUCGGGUGCUUUGGGACUGGAUUUCUUUACUUCAAUUUCACUUAGUGAGCUGUCUCUGGCAAUCAAAAUAAUACAUGUGACUUUUCAAAAUUGAGGUCCAUUUUCAUAUUAACUCCAAAAACACUUGGCAGCUCAUUGGUAAAAUCAUCGCCUUUGUUCGACCAUUUUCUUGCUCUCUUGUUCCCCUGUCUUUGUGUCUAAUCCAGGGCUUUGGAGAUCCAUCUGGGGAGCACUGGCUAGGAAAUGAUAUCAUCCACAAAUUGACCAGCUCCCAAGAAUACAGUCUUCAUGUCCAGCUAAAAGACAGAGAGGGAAAUGAGGCUUUCUCACAUUACGACCGCUUCUAUAUAGAUGGGGAAGAAAACAACUACAGGUGAGUAUUAUAUCAGUGUCUAACUGAAAAUGCUGAAGUUCUACUUUGGUGGAAACUCAUGUGAAAUCCUCCAAAGUCAUUGUAUUAUAAUUAUACAAAAUGUUCGUCAUUAGUAGUAGAUGAUAGCACAGGAUAUGACAGAAGGUUAUACUUAAACACUUUAAGUAUGCUCAGGUCUCCAAUUAAGUUUCCUUUUUCACUGUGUCAGAAACCUGACAUGAAUAGUGCAAUAAUGAAGGGGCUUAAUUUCACACAAGUGUUUUAUUAAGAGCUUCCAUUGUGAAAGGCAUAAUUGGAAUUCAGUUACACACUUUCAAUUGUUGCCUUGCCUCUGGGUGUAAGAGUCUUAAUAUCACAACAGAUUAGAAACCAUUAUGCACUGUUCAGCUUGUUCCCUAUUUUCUUUUCCUUUAAGCUUUUUUUUUUUUUUUUUUUUUUUUAUCCCUAAGCACCCAUGUUAAGAACUUACCAGGUCCAGUUUUAAUAAUGCUGUUCAUAAUGAAGAGUUUAGAAGAGGCCACUUUUGUGUGCCUUUUUUUCCCCUCAGCUUUGCAAUCGCUACAACUGGCUCUGACAGACCCCAAAGAAAAGACACAUACACCAAUGUACAAAUGCCAAUCCCAGUUACGUUUGAUGCCUGCAAUGUGGUCCAAAGAAGUUGGGGCAGGGUCAACAAGAGUGGGAAAGUUGAGGGACACUGCAAAAUCUGUGUGGAUCAUUCCACAGGUGAACAGUUUAAUAUUAAGUGUUAUGGUUGGGUAUGAAAGGAGCAUCCCCGAAAGACUCAGUCCUUUACAAGUAAGGAUGGGGCAAAGUUCUGUCACCUUUGACCCCUGAGGCAGCUCUCCAUUAAAAAACACAUUUGUGCAGGUCCAAACUCUAUCCAGCAAAGACAAAGACAGAUAUUCAUACAUCAAGACAUAUUCUGCAGCAGUGACAACAGCGUGGCCUCAUAUUAAAAGAGUGUAGGUACAAGACUGGCCUGUCUGCAGUCCAGACCUGCCUGCCAUUAAAAAUGUGUGGCGCAUUAUUAAACACAAAAUACAACAAUGAAGACCCUGGACUUUUCAGCAGCUGAAGCCAUACAUCCAGCAAGAAUUGGAAAUAAAUCUCAGCUUAUUAGGGAUGUCCUGCGGGCAUUCAAUUAAAAAAUAAGUAGUUUUAAAAAACAAACAAAGUGGAUCAGUUUGGUUACUAAAAAUUUUGUCUUUGGAGUGUAUUCAGCUAAAUAUAGGUAGAAAAUGAUUGUAUUCUGUUUUCAUUCACAUUUUACACAACGCCCCAACUUCAUUGGAAUUUGUAUAACAGAGAGGCUUGGCUACCUGCCUUUGCCAGGAGCUGUCAACUCCAACCAAAAGCUCUUCACUAACCUUGCAAUAACAAACAAGACCAUGUGUGGGUGUGCUGAAGUCACGCUUCCUCUAAAUCAGACGGAAAUGAAAUAGAAAUACAAAUAGUGCGGGUUAGGUUUCGAAUAAACUCUCAGGAAUUUGCCUUCAUUUUGAGGAAAUUUAUGAGGACCGUGCUUGAAGAGAUGAUAAAUCAUCAUCAUAUGUGGAGGUGUGCUCUCCAAGAUCCCUAAUAGUGCAGCAAAUUGCAUUUGCCUGACUUUGUUCCACAUAAUUAGCAUGAUAAAACUGAAUGUUUCACAAUUUUGCUCUCGGCAACAGCGUGUGAGGUGAGGCACCUGAGUGAAAAUAAUCGCCUCUGUAGUUUGCUACCUCUGAGCUCAUGUUCUGCCUAACCACUUCAAUAUGUACCAACUUUACUAGCAUGCUGGAGAAGCUGGCUCCGUUUGGGGGUUUAUAUCAAAACUUCACGCCAAAGCAAUUCCCCUUCUCAGCUGCAGUCAGAGCGCUCCCCUGAGCAACAUGGAGGUCUUCACCCAAUACUCAGAAACAUUAUUCAGACAUUAAUCAUCAGCGUGACAGACCACUUUGUACGGUGAGGAAGCCAAGAAAAGCUGUUUUAAUCAUAAAAACAGUGAUAGGCAUUCAUGUUGAUGUAACAGUACAUUUCUCUUUAAAGGACAAAAUAAUAUAAAAAGACAGACAUGAUUUGGAAGAAUUAGUGAUGUGGAGGAUUGGCGGAGAGGCUAAGUCAUGUCGAUUGCAAAUGUCGCAGAGAAGAGAGUACUGGCACAGUUCAAUACAGAGCUCUUUCUCACAAGAUAUCCUGUGCCCUGUGGUUGCCAUCAUGUCUAAUUUGAUAGUUUUUAAUAUUUUUAACAGCCAUAAUCAAUCACACAAAGAAAAGUUGCCCAGCACAGCCUUCCCUCAUCCAUUACCCCAACCUCUCUCUGCGAUGCCAUCAUGACUCCCAGCACUGUCAUUUCACACACACCCUUCCAUGUGUUACCCUGCCCUGUGAACUUACAAAUUCAAGAGGACAAUUCUUCACUUAGUCAUCACAGACAGCCUGCCCUGGGUUACAGAGUGGGGGUCACAUAUCUCAGGGAGCAGGGGAGAGUCCAGCACUAACUAGACAGAAUGACAGGGUAGGGGAGAGGCCAGACAGCAGGGUUGACCCCCCUGUCCACUCACUUCAAAACAGAAGUGACACACGCGAACUGACUCAGAAAUACACACAAGGGUUGACACAGACUCUACUGAUGGGCCAAUGAUUGAAAAAAAAACUUCUAUUUACACUAAACUAUUACAUUUGUGUCAAGAAUUAUUUAAAACUCUAUUUCAAUAUUUUCUUUUUUUAAUUGUCAUCUGCUAAAGGCAAGAGUUUUUUUUCUAGUAUUGCAAUUCCUAUUUUAAAAAAAAAAUGAUUAAACUAGAAUUUGAUGGUUGCAAAUAAUUUCGUCUCCAGAUUUAAUCAGAAACUGUGUAAAUAUACAAAUGUUGAAACUGAAAAAGUUUUACUUUUGCAACAAAUUGAUGGGACAGAGCCAUGAUUACUAUUAUACUAUUAUACUGACUUUGCUUCAGAGAGACACAACUUUUCAGGGAUUUUAUUUAAAUACCCAGUCAUUUAACUUUAACUUUUUUUAUCUGAUUAAAUUAGAGAUACUCUUCUGGAAGUUUUUUUUUUUUUUUUUAUUAUGUUUUUCCUUACAUCACAUAACUUUUUCAUAGUGUAUUGUACCUGCCAUAACUUAAAAAAAAAAUGUGAUCAGGCAUCAAAUUCCGGCGAAGCAUAAAGAUUUUAUAUAAAAAUUAGUUUUAACAUUUUAGGUUCUGUCUCUGACAUAUUUUCCAUUUAAAAACCUGGAUUUAAAUUAUUAACAAACCAUCAAAAUCUGUUUUAAAUUAAUAUUUUACAAAGCAAUCCAACUUUUUUCAACUGGGUUCGUAUGCUCACCCUUCUGUUCAAACUUUUCAUGUCUUAAGUUACUUUAUUUUGUCUUAUUCAUGAUAAGAUUUCAAGACUGUGUCGGGAGAAAAUCAGGAAAAAAAAUGAAAAAUUUAAAAGGAACUAGAAACUUUAGUCACAGAAAAAUGUAACCAAAAAAAGGUUGAUAUCAUGCAUGUCUUAUCCUCUCUUAUCUAGUCACCUGUUCGAUCAAAAAAUCACAGACUAGUCCAGGUGGUGAGUUUAAUUGUGUAUUAGCCAUGUCCAAAAGUUCGAAUGCAUUAAGCACUCACUGCUAUUUGGAGCUGCCAAAGAGCAAAGUUCCCUGACCCAGCUUUAAAUAAUGAAUACAAGUGCAAGUGCUGGGAGCUAUUUUAGUGUUUCUUUUUUUUUCUUAUCUAGUGUUGAACCCUUUCCAUUCUCUCCCAAAUCCAGCCUUCAUGCCGACGGCUUCAGUGGCACAGCUGGACGCACCAGCAGCCUCACCCACACCGGCACCCAGUUCAGCACCAAGGACAGAGACAACGACCGCUGCACGUGCAAAUGCGCCCAGCUCGCAUCGGGAGGUAUGCAGCUUCUGCUACUCUCUCAAUCUGCCUGUACUCAUAACAUAUCUUGUUAAACAUUUUAUCCACCCACUUGUAAAUGUCCCCAAGUGCAUUUCAUUUCCCCCCCUGUGCCAGUAUAAAGUUACUGCUGACUUGCAGCUGUAUAUUUGGGUGUUCCAUUUCAUGAGCUUGAAUUUAAUUAAUUCUGACUUUUUCCUUGAACUCUAUGGUAUAUUCCCCUACAGGAUGGUGGUUUGAAGCAUGCGGUCCAUCCAACCUGAAUGGCAUAUAUUACCCCAGUUCAUCCACUGUGAUCCGCUACAAUGGUAUUAAGUGGUACUAUUGGAAAGGUCCCAAUCUGAUGGCUACCAUGACAACCAUGAUGGUGCGGCCUGCAAACUUCUGAUUUCCUGGCUCGUCAAGGACGCAAAAUGUAAAAUGAAUGUAAACCCUGAUAAAUGAUGAACAUUAUUGAGAAAAUCAUACAGUCUGUGAGGAAAUUCAUUACCAGACUGUUGCUGAUUACAGCAUUUGAACAUUUUAAAGGGGUAUGGGGGAAUAUUGCCAAUGGACACUUGCAGACUUUAAGCGAAUGGUGCAUUUUUUCAUAAAAGUACACAGACUUUAUUUUUAAAAGGAUUGUGCAGCUAUUAUACAAAUGAGAAAGAGGAUGCAAACCAAAACACAACAUAAGAAAUUAUUAAGUUACAUGUUACAAGUUACUCAAACCAAAAUAACAUUCAAUUAACAGACAGACUAUUUUUAGAGACACUUAACCUAUUUUUAUAUCAAAGAAUGAAAAUAUAUGUUGUAUUGUUGUGUUUUAUCAUGUUGUGUGUCAUUAAUGUUAUAAACUUUGAAGUCAAUUUACUUAAUGCUUUAUUUACCAGCAGGCAUGGGAUGUCAGGGUGUCAAAUUGCAAAUAUGAAUUCAUCUUAUCACUUAACAUUCUGCACAAUGAUCCUUUUUUUUGUCCAGUAUCCACACUAUUUAGCAUUUCUAACCUAUUGCCCCACUGUGCCAUGUAUUCCAUAAAGCUUGCUUCCUUUCUCAUAAAAAAGUCUCUCCUCUGGUACAGGGUAUUAUUCUUUAUAUUUAAAGUAUCUUUGGGAAGCAGUAUUUUAUACUGUGAAGGAUACAGCUACUAUACUCAAAUGAUCUCUACUUAUGCUGCUUUUCAAUCCUUUCCAGCCUUGAGCCACGGUGUAUUUUCAGAGACUUAGCACUGUAAACCAGCAACAAUGAAUCAAACACUUAAAGUCUUCUCAGCUUUGAAAACUGUAAGCUGCUACUUUACCAUCCCAUAAUGACUUGGGUUAAGUCCAUUGAACAAUCGGAGACUUUGUUCCUAACCUCCAGCUAGCUUGAGGUUCUGUGGGGGUCACAGCUGAACUCAAGGAGGUACAUUGUGCUGUGUGAUUGUAAUCUCUCUGUCUCUUAAUCCUGCUCAUCUACCAGCAUAGCCAGCAGAAUAACAAGUAGAAGAGCAUAAGGGCCUAUGUCCACGAACAGCAUAUUUUGUGCUGGCAGUGACUGAUUCAAUUUGCCUGCACUCACAGCAAUUUCAGCUGACAAUGGUCAAACCUUGAGAGAACUGCCACGCAAGUGAGGGCAACUUCACCCUGAAGAAGAGGCCUGACUUCCAAUAUCAACUUUGGUGUCAAUGAUCGCAAAGGUCCAAACAGAGAGGAAACGACAAGGCUACUAUUUCAAGAGUCAGAACUGCUGCUAAUAGUAGAACACAAUUUCCAUCAAGUGGUUUUACGCUUUUUUUGUAAAAUUUCACUGCAUUGAAGUAAAAUUUAGCAGAACUGUUUCAAUAAUUGAAACCAAGGGAAGUGGGAGUGACAUGGGACAACUUUGCAUAACCUAGUAGCAGCAGUAAGAGCGAGGUUUGCUUUAAAAUUAUGGUUGUGGAUAUACUGAAGAAAUGCAAUUAAUGUACCCUAAAUGUAAUGAAUAAUGUGUAUAUUCUGCUUUGCUCUCACGCAUACCAUUGUGAACUUUAAUUUAUUAUUCAAUGGCUUUUGCUUGAUGGUUUAUUAGUUUGUACACCUUUUAUUUUGCAUCUUGACUCAGAAAUCUCCAAAUGCUGUUGGCCUACAAACAUUUACACCAGCCAACACUUGGCUUUAAUUAAAGGGAUGAAGGGUUAGACCCUGUUGCACACGGGUCACAAUAUGGUGGAACAGAUUAACUUGGAUCUUAUGAUGUAUGCAAUACCUGAUGUUACAUCAUAGCUCUCUUGUGCAAUGGCUUGGUUGUGACUUUAUUCCAGCAGCAUUCCCUGACUGUAAAACAUUAGUACUUGUUUAAAGCUAAGGGUCAAUCCACACACCGUUUAUAACACGAUAACCUAUCAGCACUUCAGUGGUUUACUGUAUUUCAUAAAAGAACAACAUAAAUAUCAGCAACAACAAAAACAGGCUUUGCUCUCUGUUGUAUCUUCUCGAGGGCUUCAACGGAAUGAAACAUCCCUGAUUCUUUCCAGGCACACCUCUCAUAAAACUUUAUUUGUGGGAGAAUUUACUCGUAAAAGAACAUCAUGCGCUUUGGCAUGUAUGAUUUACUUUGAAAAAAAUGAAUCGUUUGUGAUAACAUCUGGUAAAAAAAGCUGUAAAUCCGAUUUUUGCUUUUGUAAAUACAAUAAAAUCAUACACAGUCUUAGCUGCCUAUAACCC